AUGGCCGAGCACCUGGUCAAAUGCCGCCGCAUACCAAUUUUCGUUCAGAUCAUCAAGUAUCGCCUACUGUGUGGUGAUAUCAUCCAGACUCUGCACAGUCACCGUCGAAGAAAUCAGUCGGAUGAGGAACUCCGCCACCGUAGAGAUGAAUUCGCUGCCGACCUCAGAGUUUGGCGACUGAAUGCCGAAACCGUCGCUCAUCCGGGUUCUCUGGAUGAAGGCAGGCCUUCAUCUUGCUUCACCUCGCCAACCUGGUUCGAGAUGAUAUACCAUAACGCCGUGCUAAUGCUCCAUCGACCGUCGCCCACACUGGACACGUCAAGAGACUCAGUUGCGGUACAAGCGAUUUUCGCCUCCUCUCAGGCUUCCAUAUCCUCGUACGCUAGCCUUCAUCGUAUGGGGCUCUUGAAUCACAGCUGGCUCUCAUUACAAGCUUUGUUUAUGGCAGGGUUAUCAUAUGUGUACGCUGUAACGAUGCACUACCAGGCCAUUCGGAGACAGCAAGGUCAACGACUAGGUGGUCUGCUGAUCAGAGACCCAAGCACUAUGGAAGUGAUUAGCGACACACGAACAUGCUCAAACGUCCUUGUAGCGGUAUCGGAAAGAUGGAAGUCGUUGCAACGCUGCGUCGAUGUCUUCAACAGGCUGAGCGAUGCUAUCCUAAUCGACGUUAUCAAAUUCAGCACACACCCCAUCGCCGUCACCACCCCUGCGGCCAACAGCACAGAAGACAGUGCCCACCAGUGCAACAAUCGGUCGGAGCUGGCGGCGGAUACAGACUCGAAUGAGUUGGGCCAGCCUCACUGGAUGCACGCACAAUACCUUCAACCUGUCGGAGCCGAUGGAAUGGUGUCUAAUGCAUCCCCACUGGCGAUCGAGAAUGAAUUCAAGGGCUCUGCGUAUGAUCUACGACAAAUGUACGAUCAACAACAAGUCGACAUGUCUGUGUAUCGGUUCUCUCAGGCGUGGUUCGACAGCUUCGACUUGUACGGUGGUAUGGAACCUCAGCUCAACGACAUGACAAUGGAUACGCAUUUUUGA